GAACAGCUGGCAAUGGCAGUGUGUCUCCGACGAGAGAAAGGUUCUGUGUUACGUGUGGUUACCGGUGAACUGUUUGUUGCGCUCGGUAACUUUUCUUCACUGUUUAUGGCAAGUGAAUUUAAAGAGAAAGUCGGCAUUUCUUUACUCUUAUGUAUCCGGUUUAUCAAAUCGAAGGAAGUGAUGCGUUAAUCGUUACUAGAGUGUUUAGUGAAUAACGUAAGGUGAACAGUUUUGAAUAGUUUGCCCGGGAGCCUAAGGGGGAAAAAAAUUAGUGUUACAGGUACGCCGGGAUUCUUUCUACUGAUUUGCCGAAGACGACACCAAUCUUUCUGGAAUUAAAGUGUGACAUCUGACUCACGUUGAUAAGAUGAUGUGGCCAAGAUGACAUGGUGAGGGGUACAUGAUGGCGCGGGGAGCGGGCCUGCGGGUGGCCUGGCCCACACAGCCUUGUGCCCUGUAUGCCCAACCUCGCCCUCUCCCAAACUUACUCUUCAGACUCUUUCUGGCAUUGCUACUUCUCAAUGGAGGGGUCUCUGCCACCGCCGAUGAACAUACUGUUCAACCAUUACUGCAGAACUACAGUGUCGCCAUCUAUGAAAAUUCCCUUCCAAGAACCUAUGUGGCGGCAGAGGAACUCAUAGGGAUACCCUUAGAGACUCUGCCGCCCACUAGCCACAUUACAUAUAAUAUCGUCCAAGGAGAUGAAGAUGGCUUCUUUACGGCAGAGAGUGAGGUUGUUGGAGGUGUGGCUGUCUUACAGAUCAGAACUCGAACUGGGCUACGUGAUGUUCUUAACAGAGAAAGGCAGUCACAGUAUGUUUUGUCUGUGGAAGCCAAAGUGAGGAGCAAUGGGCAAGGGAGUGGUAGAACUAAGUAUCGAACUCAGAUAACUGUUGUGGUUUUAGAUACCAAUGACAACAUCCCUUUGUUUUAUCCAACUUCAUAUCAGAUCAGCGUAGGAGAGGAUGCACCUUUACACACUCCAUUGAUUUCUGUAACAGCACAUGAUGCUGAUAUAGGGUACAAUGGCCAGGUAUAUUAUUCAUUAGAAAAUCCUGAAAGCAAUUAUUUUGCUGUACACCCAACAACAGGUAUUGUGAGUGUAACAAGGCCAUUAUCACAAAUGUAUGGCCGAUCACAUCGAGUCGGUAUCUUAGCACAGGACAGAGGUCCCCAGCCACGCAAUUUCAGGCCAGCAGCAGCAGCACGUGCUACAGUGGAGGUACAAGUUCAGAGAGUAAAUUUACAUUCUCCAACCAUUACUGUACAUCACCUUCCUCAUGUAAUUGAGCACUCUCACACACACAUAUAUGCUAUUAUAAAUGUUGAUGAUGCUGAUGAAGGAAACAGUGGUGUAGUUGAUAAAAUAGAUAUCAUUGGAGGUGAUCCAAACAGGUUGUUUAGUAUUACCCAUGGUUCUCAUUCCAAGGAGUACAAUUUGGCUGUUCUUAAGCUGCUAGAUCGGGAAUUAGCUCCAGAAGGAUACAACCUGACUAUUCAAGCUACUGAUUCUGGCACUCCUCCAAGAAAUACCAAGGUUAAUAUACAUGUCAGUAUUGCAGAUGUCAAUGACCAUGCACCAGUAUUUGCUUUGGAACAAUAUGAAGAAUCUGUAAGUGAAGAAGCUCCUCCAAAUACUCCUGUUGUUGUUGUAGCUGCUUCAGAUACUGAUCAAGGUAUCAAUGGAAAAGUGCUGUUUAGAAUAGUAGCAGGGAAUGAGGAUGAAAAUUUCCAUAUUAAUCCACAGACUGGUUUGAUAUCUACUGCUGAGUGGUUAGACCAUGAAAGUACUGCUUAUUACAGUCUUACUGUGGCUGCUGUGGAUCAAGCAAGCAAUGCACGUCGCAAACAAUCAUCAGCUAAAGUAAUUAUCCGGGUGUCAGAUGCCAAUGAUAAUGCCCCACAGUUUAACACCCCCAAUACAGAAGUCACACUUGAUGAAAAUGAACCAUCAGGUACUUAUGUUACUCGUGUUGCAGCUACUGACCAAGAUUCUGGGGAAAAUGGCUUCAUAUCAUAUAGCAUUGCCAAUCUUGAUCAGGUACCUUUCAGUAUUGACCCCUUUGAUGGUACUGUAAGGACUUCUUCUGUUCUGGAUUAUGAGACUCAGCGAAGAGUAUACACCAUUAAAGUGCGAGCUUCAGAUUGGGGAAUACCAUUCAAGAGAGAAACAGAAACUACAGUGAAAGUCAAAGUUCGUGACAUUAAUGACAACCGACCACAAUUUGAGGGUGUAGACUGUAAAGGUUGGGUUUCAGUAGAUGCACCAAUUGGUACAAGCGUUCUUAAACUUUCUGCUCUAGACCUGGACGCAGACAGUGAUGUAAAAUAUAAACUGCAAAGAGACAUCUCUGAGGAAUGUUGGGCUAUGGAUGCUUCUUCAGGUGUCCUUGCCUUGACUUGUGACCUGAGAAAACACAUGAUCACUGGAGCCAUUUCCAGAACUUAUGUUCUGAAUGUAACUGCUACAGAUGGCACUCAUGUUUCUGAUGCAACAAGUGUUACAAUUGCAGUUAUAACAGACAAAGCUGAAGAUCAAGCUAUGGUAAGACAACAUUCACAUGUUGAAUGUCAUAGCACUGGGGUUGGUGCAAAGGCUUCUGAAAUAGUUGCAGCAGCAACUGAAAAUAAUGCAGCUGAAGAGCAUUAUGCUCUUUUACCCUUACGCUAUGGUUACAAUGCCCAUGCUCCUGAGCUUCCAGAAACAUUUCCAAGUGUUGUUGAAAUUCCUGAGGAUGCAGUCAUUGGUGCAGAGAUCAUAAAAGUUGAAGCUACUGACCAUGAUCGAGGCCACAAUGGCAGAGUGGUGUAUGCUGUAUCCGGAGGUGACACAGAUUCUGUGUUCAGAAUCGGAGUCGAUUCAGGUGUUUUGUCUGUUUGGGCUGAACUAGAUCAUGAACGCACCCCAGAGUAUUUAUUGAAUAUUACUGUAUAUGACUUAGGUGUGCCUCAUAGAAGCAUUUCACGAAAUUUAACUAUCCGAGUCACUGAUGUAAAUGAUAAUGCUCCAGAAUUUAGUAGUGUCAGCUACAGCUUGCAUUUGCCAGAAAACACCCGGAAUGGUACAAGUGUAGCACAGCUUAGUGCGCAAGAUGCUGAUGAUGGCAUUAAUGCCAAAAUUAAUUAUAAGUUAGUCACUGAUGUGGAGGAAUUUACAGUUGAUCAGGAGACUGGUAUUUUGUAUGUUUCUGGGCCCUUAAAUCGAGAAAGACGGAGUGAAUAUGAUUUAAGGGUUAGAGCUUGGGACAGUUCUAUUGAAGACCCUCGUUCUGCUCUUGCUCGAGUUUUAGUUACGGUUCUGGAUAUGAAUGAUUGCUCCCCUGAAUUUGGUGCUGCUAGUAGGUUGUCAGUCGAUGUGCCUGAAGACCUUCCCCUAGGUGCUGUGGUUGCCACACUUCGCGCCACUGACCGCGAUCUAGGCCUUGGUGGACAGAUCUCAUACUCUCUUUUAGAUAGCCACAGCAAUGUCUUCCGUAUUGAUGAAGAAACAGGAGUCGUUAGAAUAGCUUCUGCUUUAGACUACGAAACUCAGCCAUCAUAUAAUUUAACCAUAAGAGCCCAAGAUAAAGGUUCGCCCCCUCUUGAGAGCCUGGCUUCCCUUUUUGUUCAAAUUCAUGAUGUGGAUGAAAAUUUAGGACCGCCUGCCUUUCCCCAAAGGAUAUUGCGGGGAUGGGUUCAUGAAAAUCUUGCUCCUGGUGCUCUUGUGACAACACUGAGUGCUCGAGAUCCCGAUGGAGGACCAUUACACUAUACUAUCAUCUCUGGAGAUGGCGUAGGAUUCUUCACUGUUGACAAGGAAGGCGCUAUUCGCACCACAGUCGUGCUUGAUCGCGAGACGGCUCGUGGUUAUUGGCUGUCAGUUGUGGUGGCCGAUAAUGGUGCUGUGCCUCUCACCGACAUCUGUCACGUCUACGUGGAGGUACAAGACGUAAACGACCACAUUCCUCAGACGGACGAGCCAUCUUACAAUGCGUACGUGGCCGAGGAUGGGCCUCCGGGGACGUCUGUCAUUUCCCUCACGGCCUCCGACGGUGACCUCACGCCUUCCAAUCUCACCUUUGCCAUCACGGGGGGCAACGAGGACGCUCACUUUCAAAUUAGUUCGCAGACAGGUGUGCUGAGUACUGCCUGGACAUUGGACCGCGAGACCCGUCCAGAAUACGAGCUGUGGGUGACGGUAAGUGACGGACAGCUCUCUUCUGUCACUCCUGUCUUCAUCACUGUCACCGACGUCAACGACAACGCCCCCGAGUUUCUGGAGAGCCUCUACCGCGUCUCCGUCCCUUCCAGGAUCAAAUCUAAGAAGAGGACGUCCCUCUUCAGGGACGAUGAUGAUAUGGAGGAGGAGGAUGGUGAUCUUGAUGAAGACGAUGGUGGUGAGUCGUUAUGGGCGUGGGGGGAAUGGGUGUCCUUCACCCCCUCAGAGAUCACCCCCCACGAUGACCUCGUCUUCAGGGUGUUCGCGAGAGAUGCUGAUACUGGCAUGAACGCUGACCUCGACUACAGCAUCAAGACAGGUCGGGGCAAAGGUCGCUUCAAGAUCCAUCCCAAGACAGGUCAAGUCUAUACCAAGAAGGCUUUCACACCGGGUCAAACCUUUGACUUAAUGGUUCAGGCCAAAGACAACGGGCAGCCCCAGCUGACAGCCACCGCCCGAGUCCUGGUGAGAGUGGCACCUGUUCCCGAGACGUCAGCCCAUCCGCCAGAACUCUCUCCGCCCGCUCCAGCACACGUCAUGGAGACCGAUCCCCCGGGCCAUCUUGUGGCCUUCGUGAACGCCUACGAUAGGGAGAACGAUACCCUUUGGUACUAUAUCGUAGAUGGCGACGAUAGUGGCCGAUUCAACAUGGGAGUGGACAGCGGAUUGGUCAGCCUUGCCCGGAGCCUCGAUCACGAAGACCAGUACCAUUACACUUUGACCAUUGCAGCUACUGACGGCGUUUACACGACAACCACUAAGCUCAUGGUGGAAGUGAUGGACGCCAACGACCACCGUCCCGUCUUCAGCGACCGAGUGUACGAGGGCAGCGUGAGCGAAAGCACAAAGCCUGGGGCCACGGUGCUGGCCCUCCAUUGCAGAGACAAGGACCACUCUCCGUCUACCCCAUCGUCCUCAGUCUACUUUUCCCUCCACCAUUCCGAUUCGCUGGCGUCCCAGGGGCUGUUCACCAUCGAUUCCUCUACUGGGGAUAUCAUCGUGGCCAUGCCCCUCGAUAGGGAGGUGUGCAGCUCUCAUGUGCUGACAGUCAGCUGUCGUGACAGAGGACGUCGAGAAAACGCUGACUUCGCCCGGGUGCUACUGACAGUCACUGACGAUAAUGACCACCAUCCGGUCUUCUUUGAAAAUACGAUUAAUGCCAAGAUGAGUGCGGGGUCAGCUGCAGGCACCGCCGUGACACGGGUGUUGGCCGUAGACCACGAUAAGGGGGACAAUGGGAGACUGUCCUACUCCAUUGUUGAGGGCAAUGCCGGUGGUCUCUUCGCCAUGGAGCCGUCUCUUGGGGUCAUUCGAUUAGCGCGGGAGUUGGUCGAUUCUGACCCCAGGGAAUACCUGUUGUUGGUACGAGCCAUGGACCACGGCAGGCAGGCCAGAGCCGCCUCUGUUCCAGUGCGGGUCAUCGUAGCAUCAUCGCCAGAGGCGCCGCCCUCCUGGAAGGAAGGGGAGGCUCCUAAAGUGGUGGAAAUGAACGAGUGGACUUCGGUGGGGUCGGCGAUAGCUCGUCUGGCAGCGACUUCGCCGUCCUCUCUGCAGUAUUCGAUCACCGGAGGGAACGACGAAGGGGUUUUCGUCGUGAGUCCCUCCUCUGGGGUCGUCAGCCUGGCAACGACUCUCGAUUUCGAAACGACGGCCUGGUAUAACCUCACCUUGACGGCUACGAAUUUGGCGGGCGUGCAGCGUGACACUUGGCUCGGAGUGACCGUCUUAGACGAAAAUGACUGGUGGCCCGAAUGGAACGACCUCGUCUACCAAGGAACAGUGGAGCAGAACGCCGCUGUCGACACGCCGGUGCUGACGGUGCAUUCCUCCCAGGCCAAAGGGCACCCGGCGCCCCUCACUGUCUCUGCUACCGAUCGCGAUAAUGGUCUCAACGGCAGAGUCACUUACAGCAUCGUUGAGAAAAACGUCGCUCAGUUUUUCUCCAUUGAUGAACAUACAGGGGCCGUUAGGGUUUCGGGCAAUUUAGAAGAUGUUGCCGGAAUGACAGUUCCCUUCAGCGUCUGGGCUAUCGAUGGAGGAGACCCCAAGCGGGAAUGCGUUGCGCCCGCCUCCGUUGUCGUCACCGUCAGGAGUGUAGUCGCUCCGCCCGUGGCGUUUUCCCAGCCUUACUACUCCACUGAACUCUAUCUCCCCACUUACGUGGGAGUUCGCGUCCUUUGUAUCAACCGUCCUGAGGGGGAGGAGGAGUCCGACAGAGACCGUUACAAGGACGCCGAAAAGCCCCCAAUGAAAUACUCCAUCGUCGACGGGGAUGAGACCAAGCGUUUCGCCUUCGACGAUUCAAGCAGGUGCUUGUAUGUCAGGGACCAAUUGAACCUAAGGAGCCAUUACAACCUCACCCUUAAAGCAACAGAUGGUGCCUUGACGUCCACAGCCACGGCUGAAAUCACAGUAUUGGAGGCGCCUCCAUCCACCCUCGUCUUCACACAGGACAAGUAUUUCGCCAACGUCUUUGAGAACUCCACUAAGGAAGUGAACUUGGUUGCCGUCGGGGUCAAAGGCCAGAAUCUCAAUCACCACAUCGAGUAUUCGAUCCUCAACCCGAUUGAUACUUUCGAAAUCAGACCGACGGCGGGAAUCGUCAAAACCACUGGAAAGCCCUUUGAUCGCGAAGAAAAGGACCACUAUACCCUAGUUAUUCAGGCGAAGGAUGCAGAAGAGCCGACCAACCUUGCACAUGUCCUGGUUCACGUGGUGGUAAUGGAUGUGAAUGAUAAUGAGCCCAUCUUUGUCAAUCAGCCUUACAUCGCGCUCGUCUCCACGUCUGCCGAAAGAGGACACGUCGUCACGAAGGUGCGAGCUGUAGACGCCGACGCAGAGGAUUUCGGCUCAGUCCGCUAUGAAUUGGUAAGAGGGAGUGGCGAGCUCUUCGCUGUAAACAAGAAGUCGGGAGAGAUUUCUCUGAAGCAGUCGCUGAUGGUGGCCGAUAAGACCUACAGCCUCACUGUCGCCGCGUACGAUGGGGGCAAGCAGCCCCUCAGCUCUCAGGCGCAUGUGAUGAUCAGGGUGGUGUCGGCAGAGGGGCCCAUCUUCUCCUCGGCGAGGUAUGCCGUCUCUAUCAAUGAGGACGCCCCCAAGGGAACGCCCGUCGUGAGAGUGGAGGCUGAGAGUCCUUCAGCGGAUCCCAUCAUGUACACGAUCGUCGCUGGAAACGCUGAGGAACUCUUUGCCCUUGACUAUGCCACUGGUUUGAAUGGCGUGGAAUCGAAGUGUGUGAUUCAAACGGCCGCACCUUUGGACUACGAAACUUCCCGCAGUCACAACCUGACGGUGAGGGCCCGUGACCCCAGCACUGGUGGGCACACGGACACCCAGGUGACGAUCACUGUUGCAGACGUGAACGACAACGCCCCUGAGUUCGUGGAGAGGGUCUUCAAAGCACAAGUGUCCGAGGUCGUUUCCAAGGGCUACUCGGUCAUCAAGGUUGAAGCCCACGACGUCGAUACUGGGGAGGGAGGCCACGUCCGCUACAGAUGCGAGACAGGUUGUGACAUGUUUGCUGUGGGAGCUCAAGAUGGCGUCGUGUCUGUGGCGGGCGUCUUGGACGCUGAAACCCACCCUCAGUAUACCAUGAGCGUCGUGGCUUUGGACGGAGGCAUCCCUCAGCGCUCCUCGACGGCCACUGUCGUCGUGGAAACCUUGGACUUCAACGAUAACCCGCCCUCGUGGCGCCAAGACAGUUACUCCUGCAGGGUAUCCUCUGAAGCAGCCCCAGGGCAUGUGAUCUCCUCCUUAUCGGCGCACGACCCUGACUCCGGUCAGGAAGUUCCCCUGAGGUACAGCAUUCACUCUGGCGACAGGUCUGCCAUCUUCAAGAUUGACUCGUACACAGGUGUAUUGACGGUAACGGCUCCCCACAAGCUAGAGAACGUGACUUCCCUGAAUCUGAACGUGUCAGUGAGCGACGGCGUUCACAUGGUGUUCACAGCCGUUCACAUCGAAGUUGUUCCCUCCAAUCGUCACACCCCGAGAUUCAGCCGUCCAAUGUACGAGGGAAGCAUAGAGGAGAAUGCUGCGGGCGGGCGUCUCAUUCUCACUCUGGAAGCAGAGGAUCCGGAUUCCAGGGAGUAUGGCACUUUACACUACAGCAUCUUGGACCAGACCUCCGAAGGAGCUUUCACUAUUGAUAAAGAUGGUAAUAUUUUCUCAGAAGCACCCCUUGACCGCGAGUCCCUGGGCAUGCAUACUAUCCGUGUGUCCGUCACGGACGAAGGAGGGAAGGCCUCCUUCACGGACGUCCGUGUCUCCGUCCGUGACAAAAACGACAACGAUCCAAAAUUUACCCUUCCUGCUUACCAAGCCAACAUCAAUACCGAUGUCGUCGUUGGGACCACUAUUCUAAAGGUUGAGGCAGUUGAUCCUGACGAAGGCGUUAAUAGUGACAUACAGUACCAGAUGUAUGAAGCGAACAGUUCCGAGGCCCUCUCCCUCUUUAAGGUCGACCAAACAACAGGAGAAGUGAUCCUGUCCGCCAACGUUCGAGGGAGAGAAAACGAGGUGUAUCAGUUUUUCAUCCGAGGGGAGGACGGAGGUUCCCCUCGUCACCAUACGGACGUUCCUGUGACAAUCUUCUUGCUCCCCUCUGACGAUCACCCGCCUCAGUGUGCGCGCAAGUACACCCAGUUCUUCGUGCGGGAAGAUGCAGCCAUAGGCACGGUGAUCACGUCUCUGUGGACGGAGGGCCCUCAAGAAGUACAGUAUAGCAUCUUGGUCAACGAAGAAGGCGCCGGCCCAUCUAGCGAAGAAGAGAGCGAGAUUUCUGGCAGCCAUGAUGCCUCCGGCCCCUUUGCCAUAACCGCCGGAGGACUCUUGGUUGUGAGGCAUCCUCUAGACCACGAAAGGCACCAUACUCACAGGAUCACAGUUACCAACCACACGUUAACAACUCCUCCGGCUCUGGAUUACAUGACCAUCUCAGUAGUGGUAAUGGAUGUCAACGACUGCGCCCCACGGUUUAGCAGCUCAUGGUACGAAGCCAUAGUAGCAGAGAAUAGCGAAGUAGGCGCAGUUAUUACCAUCCUUACUGCCACUGAUGAUGAUGAUGGAAACAACGGCCAGAUUCAGUACAGUUUAAGUAUCGAGGAAGACACCAUUGUGAAGACGACCUUCCGAAUCGACCCACACUCGGGUUCCAUCACUCUGGCGGCUCCCUUGGACAGGGAGACGAUCUCGAGGUAUUCCUUCACCGUCGUGGCCACCGACGGGGGACCUGAACCCCUCUCCACAACCGCUAAGGUCACCGUCCUGGUGAAGGAUUACAAUGAUAACCCCCCGGUGUUUCCUAGGGACACCUAUCUCACUGCCGUUCCUGAAGACACGGCGACGGGAACGGCCGUCCUUGAACUGAGUGUGGAUGACGCCGACGAAGUUCCUGCCCAGUUAGAUUACUUUGUGACCGGCGGGGACCUGGGAGGACAUUUCUUGGUCCAUGCCUCAGGACAGGUGUAUGUGGCUGCUCCUUUGGACCGAGAGACGCAGGAUGAAUACACCCUCACGGUCACUGCCACUGACGGCAAAUUCACGGCCAAUACCACCGUCAUUGUGACUGUCAUUGACAUCAACGAUAAUGGUCCAGUUUGCAGAGAGCCGCUGUACAAGCGGGAGGUAUCCGAGGGCGUCACGGUGGGCACACACGUCGUGUCCGUCAUGGCAUGGGACGCUGACGAAGGCUCAGCAGCCCGCAGUCGGUACAUUCUGAGUGGCGAUGGUGCCGAAGACUUCACCAUUGACCAACUCAGUGGGCACAUGGCGACGGCCAGGCAGUUGGACCGAGAGACCACAGACCACUACUCUCUGACGGUCCUGGUGGAGGAUUGGGAGCACCCUGAGUGGGAGUGUGAAGUGGAGGUGGAGGUCGAUGUGAGCGACAUCAACGACAACCCACCCUCGUUCCCCUCCGAGUCUGACGAGGCAGCCUCCGCCACGGUGCCCGAGGACGCCCCCGUCAACACAGUGCUCAUGAAGAUGUACGCUUCAGAUCCUGACCUGGGUAUCAGCCGUCGAAUUCGAUAUAGGUUUGUCGAUUCUGCAGAGGGCCACUUCAGUAUCGACGAGACUGAGGGCGUCAUCAGUCUGGCUCGGCCAUUAGACCGCGAGACUAAGGAUUCCUACAGCCUGACUGUGCAGGCUGUAGACAUGGGAGUCCCUCCAUUGUCAUCGACUACCGUUCUCACUGUUACUGUCACGGAUGUUAAUGACAACGCUCCCGAAUUCGUUCGGAAGCUGUUGGAAACGACGGUGGCUGAAAACCUAGACGUUGGCACAGAAGUGUUACGGGUGAUGGCGACUUCGGAAGACAUCGGUGUCAAUGCGGACAUCACCUACUCCAUUCACCACACGACAAAGGAGAAGUACCUGGCCAUACAUCCCAAGACAGGCGUGAUAAGCGUCGGGGCGCCCCUUGAUUACGAACGCGUCCACCAAGUUGUGGCGACUGUAAUCGCUACCGACGGAGGAACGCCACCACUCUCGUCCACGGCGCUCGUCAAUCUCACGCUCACCGAUGUCAACGACAACGCCCCCAUCUUCACCCUCCCCUCCUACACAGCCGCCGUCAGGGAGGACGCACUGCAAGGAGCCAGCGUUAUCCAGAUAUCGGCGAGCGACGUGGACGCCGGCAUCAACAGCCUGGUGCGAUACAGCAUCAGUGACGGCAACGACGAGCACUGCUUCCACAUCGACCAAGACACCGGCAUCAUUACCGUCCUCAAAAAGCUCGAUCGGGAAAAGAUUGGGGAAUACGACCUGCAGGUGAGCGCCCGUGAUCUAGGCAGCCCUCCCAACACAGCCGUGACCCAGGUCAAGAUCACUGUUACCGAUGUCAACGAUAAUCCGCCUAUAUUCACCAAUAGCAAUUAUUCAGUAAUUGUCCAGGAGAAUCGACCUGUGGGGCACCCGAUGCUACGCCUUAUGGCCACCGACGCAGAUGCCGAUCCAAACGGGGCGCCUUUCACGUGGGAGCUCAUCAAGGCUGCUUCAGAGCACCUUGCCUUCACUCUGGAUCAAGAUGGCUCCCUCAAAGUAGCCACAAACAAGCUGAAUCAUCUGGUACAGAGUGAAUACACAUUAUCAGUGCGUGUUUGGGAUAACGGAUCUCCACCCUUGAAUGCCAAUACUAAAGUUAAAAUCGUUGUCGUGGAGGAAUCUCAGUACCCUCCUACCCUCUUCCCACUGCAAGCUUCUAUAACCAGCUACCGCACUGCUUUCCAAGGAGGAAUCAUUGGUCGACUAUCAGCAUUAGACCAAGACCCGUAUGACACUCUGCAGUUCUCAGUAUCGUCCUCCCCUAAAGCGGCCAGCGCCAUGAAAUACUUUGCUGUAGAUGGUCAAGAUGGAACGCUUGUGGCCAUGAGUCCUUUAGAUGAAGGCAUUUACAAGGUUAACGUGAGUGUCUCUGAUGGAAAGUUUGAUCGCAUGGUUGAGGCCUCUGUUCAGGUGUUUGUUAUAUCUGAAGACAUGGUGGAAAACUCAGUGAUAGUGCAGAUUGGUCCUCUCUCGCCAGGCGAGUUUUUAUCCAAGUACCAGAGAAUAUUUGUGAGAGCUGUUGCUGCUGAGCUAUCGGUGGAAGAGGAAGCUAUAUCAAUUCUCAGCCUUCAACCUACUCUAAUGCAUUCUCAGUCAAAGGAGAAAAUUUCUUACAAAUCACAGCGAAAUAAAAGAGGUAUUCAACAGAAUUUAGAUAUAUUGCUGGUAGUGAGUGAAUAUGCACAACAAUUUUUUUCUAGGAAGAAGCUACUAGAAUCAUUACAAGAAAAGCAACAUGAAAUUCAAAAUAAGAUAAAUUUACCGUACCUCUCAAUAAUGGAUACUAUGUGUACAAAGGAAACAGAUUGCAGUGGUCAUGGGCAUUGCGUUGAUGUUGUGGAGAUUACCGAAGAUGUUUCUGUGCCAUACAAUACUCAGAUGUCAAGCUUGUUGUCACCAAAAUUUAUACAGAAAGCCGGGUGCUUAUGUGAUCAAGGUUAUGGUGGUGAUACUUGUGAAGAUUUGGUUAAUGCUUGUGGACACCGCCCUUGUGCUGAGUAUGAAGAGUGUUUGCCAACCGAUGUUAAUACUCUUGGAUAUACAUGCCAGUGUCCCAAAGGAAGGGCAGGGCCCUUGUGUAAAGUAGAUUUAACUAAAUGUAGAAGUCCAUCAUGUCAUUACCCUAUGCGGCCACUAUCUUUCAAAGGUAAGAGCUAUGCUCAGUAUGUUAUAGCAAGACAGACAGAAAGUAGUUCUUUGGUGCUCAGUGUCUUCCUUCGUACAAGGCAUCCAGUGGGUACAAUUGUGUAUGCAGCAGGCGACAUUGAUUAUAGUAUUUUAGAAGUUGCUGGUGGGCACAUACAGUAUCGCUGGGACUGUGGAAGUGGAGAGGGUUUAGUCCGGGUGUCAACUAUCAGGGUUGAUGACAAUGAGUGGCAUUUUAUCAAUCUUACGCGUGAUGGAACAGUUUCAACUCUGAGUGUUGAUGGUGAGGUGAGUUCAGGCGCAGCACCUGGUGUGAAUGAUAUUUUGAAUAUGGAUUCAGACUUUAUGUUCCUUGGUGCCACCAUUAGUAGAGACCAAAGAUCAGGGAUGUCUUCCUAUUCCCACAGUAGUUUAGGAUUUGUUGGCUGCUUGGACCAGAUGACCAUAGAUGGUGCAGAACUGCCCAUUACAAUUUCUGGAACAUCUUCAAGUGGUGCUGUACUCAAACGUCUGGCCAAUGUUGAAUUGCAGUGUCCAGAUAUUUUACCACCAGCAGGUGUUUGUGGCUCGCAACCCUGUCUCAAUGGAGGUACUUGUAUUGAGAGUAACAAGUCUUACAAGUGCAAUUGUCCUCCAAGAUUUACAGGAUCACAAUGUCAAGUAGACACAGCACCAUGCUCUUCCUCCCCAUGCCUUAAUGGUGGCAAGUGUAUUGUAGUAGGUCGUACAUACAAGUGUCAGUGUCCUUCUAAAUUAAGUGGGAAGCGUUGUGAGUAUGGAGUGUAUUGUAAUCCAAACCCAUGUCAAAAUGGAGGUCGCUGUGAAGAAGGGGCAGAUGGACCAAUAUGUAAGUGUCAGCAUUUCACUGGAAAUAUGUGCCAAUUAGAUAUUGAUGAAUGUACGAGGAACCCGUGUCAAAAUGGGGGUACAUGCCUUAAUUUUUAUGGUGGUUUUAAGUGUAUAUGCCAUUCCAAUGUAACAGGUGAAUAUUGUACGGAACCUAAGAAAAAGUCCAGCUCCCCCUCAGCACUCAACAUAUCACUGGAAGAACUUGUUUGCAUCCUGGCUGUGUUUGUGGGAUGUGUGAUUGCAAUGCUUGUGCUUGUAGCAUGGCAGAGACGACGGUGGCACCAAAAGCGACAUCAGCAAAACAACAGGGUCAAGCUUACCGAUCACCACGUCAAGAAUGAUCUCAAAGCAAAUGAUGUGCCGAAGAGAAAUUCCAAAAUCUGCAAUGUGGAAGCUGACCAGGGUCCCCCGCUGCCCCCGCGCCCAGCUUCGUACACUCCCAGUGGCAACGAUUCUGUCAUCCUCAACACUCUCAAGCACUUGGCUGACCUCUCUGCUGCUGGCCACGAGAGCCUCGAGCUUGAGACCCUUUCGAGGUGCUCCCAUGAACUCCUCCACAGCCUCAACAAGCCUGUGGUGAUUCCGCCCAACCUCUCACCGCCUCCGCCCUCCAACAGCGAUUCGGACUCGCUACAUAAGCCUUGGGACCAUCACAACAAUCUUAAUGAUUCAUACUUCAUGCCCAUCAAGGAUGUAAGCUGCGACCUGGUGACAAGCGUGGAUGAGAGUCGCCUUUCGCCCGCCCAGCAGUCCACCUUUUCGGACGGUUCGUCAGUGCGCGGCGGUGUUUGUGGGUCAUCGCCCCCUGCCGUACCCCCCUUGCCCCCGGCUUCCCUUCUGGGUCGUAGUAGGGGCAGGGGAGAUGUGGGGACGCCCUUGGAGGUUAUCGCCAUAGGCCCCGAAGGGACUGCUACUACCGUUCCCUCCCACAACACUCCCACACUUACGUCAGCCGCCGCUGCCGAGGUCCCACACCAGAUAAGGGUCUGUGGGAAAAACGGUCGCUUAGUUCCUUCUUCCUCGGGAUAUCCUCCGACUCAGGCCAAGAGAAAAGAAUACCUGUGGGAUGACUACGACAUGCGUGGUUCCCGCACACUGCUGAGCUACGAAGGUGCAGGGGAGGUGGUGGGCGCUGCAGCCACUCCAGAUCUGCUGCUGCUACCCGGGGGAGACGGCCCCGUCUCAGACGAUGAUUUCACUGAAGGAAAACCUCUCCUGUCAGAUGCAGCUUACGGCGUGAGACCCGUCAGAAAUUUCGGGGAGGCUGCUGCCGCCACUCCAUUGUUGACAGUGGAUGCCCGCGAUGCCGACGAAUACCCGGAUGAUGACGACGACGACGAAGAUGACGACGAUGACGACCCUUGCAGCUUUGAGGAAAUCCUCUUGGCCAACAACAUUACACUUGGGUCCACGCCCGAACUAGACAACACUGCCAUGUAUAAUAUCGUAUCAGACAUAGAUGAUGACUACCUAGAGCCCCUCUCCACCGAGAUCUCCAGUGUGCCUUGCCCUCUCGCCGAAGAGGAGGAGGAAGAUGGGGAGGGGGAUCAACAACGGCUGCCGCUGGAGGAGAAGCAUAACUAUCCUCAUCAGAACCACUACCAGCAGCAACCUCAAGAGAAGGACAUCAGCAGAUUGGGUAGCCCUCGAAGUCGCCGUCCUUUCCACCGCACAGACUAUGGUCGCGUCUCUGACCUCUCCUUCCUCUCGGCUCUGGAGGAGGACGGAGUAGAUGACUCUCUGUCGGAACUCCAAGACUCCGAGUGCGAGCCCUUCGUCGAUGAGAAAGAGACCAACCAGCCUUCAGCUACUCUCAUACAGACUUCCUUGUCAGAAGUGUAUCUAUAAGCAAAAGAAAAACAAAUGAAUAGGUUACGUCAGUAGGUUUUUAAAUAAGAGACAAUACUUGUUUGAAGAGUGUGUGUGCGUGUGCUGUAGGACAUAUGGCAAGACUGAUGAGAGUUUUUUGUACCGUUUUCGUACAGCUUUCUGGGAUGAACUGAAAAGAGUGGUGAAGACUGAGUUGCCAAGCCUUUUCUUCAGGGAUUUUAAGAAGUGACUUGCGAUUGCUUUUGACUCUAGAAGGUGACUGAAAUAUUGGCGCUUGUGUUAUUAAGUUCAUGAAAAUGUACAUUUUCCUAUACACGAACAGUCAAAGGGGAAAAUCAUGAAAUAAGCCUCUUAUGGGUUUUUUUUCGGGAAAGUGGUUGUUGUGGAAGCUUCUUUUCGUUGCCUUUGUCUUCACAUGACGAAAAAAUUCGUGGUUUACUUUUAUUCAAUUCAUGGAUCAAAAAACCCCUUGAAAAUGUUGCUUUACCGAAUCCAAAAGGUGGCGUCUCAAUCAGUAGUGAUUUUUCGUUUAGGUGAAUCUCUUUUUCAUCCUUGUUCAGUGUUUGGCAGCAUCAUUUUAAUCAUAAGUCAUUAUUGUUCUCAUUGUGAUGAAACAUGUUCGGUGUUUUUUCUGGCUAAUAUCAUCAUAAUGUCAUCAUAAUGAAUUUUUUGCUGUUUUUGCUAAACUUAUCCCUGGGAUAGAAAUCUGAACUGCAUAGUCAAUAUGCCAUCAUUAGCUAGAUCGAGAAAUUACAUAAUGAAGCAUUAUUUUUCUUGUAUGUCAAAUGUGUCUUGCAUUUAUUUGUGUCAAGAGCUUCGUGCAUUUAUAUCCUCUCCCCACCCAGAUGACUAUUUAUGAAAGCUUCUGAUUUCUAUUUUUAAGAGAACAUGUACUGUCAAUUAGAAAAAUAAGCAAGAAGGGUUUUUAGUACAGACGGGCCAUAAAUGAAGUCUGUCACUGAACUCAAGUCUGUCUGCGAGGGUGCUCUCCCCUAUUAUAUAUAUAUAUAUAUAUAUAUAUAAUAUAUAUAUAUAUAUAUAUAUAUAUAUAUAUAUGACGAUAAUUCACUGAAUUUCCUCUGAACUAGUCACUAAAUGAUACAGUGUAGGAAAAAGUGCCUAUAAAUCUAAUCUUAAAGAAAAUUUUUAUUUAUGAGCUUAUUUCAUAUUAAGAAUAUUUUUAAAUAAGAAAGGAUAUAAGCUCUUAGUCAUAUUAUUUAGGUAUUUCAGCAAUGACGUAACUGAUCUAUAUUUGGAUAGACACCAUCGAUCAAUCUUUUGAAAGUAUUAGUGUCGGUUAGGUUGACGAAUUGGCUGUGGUUUCUACAUUUGACUAACCAUUUUCUCUAACUAAUGAUUUGGAUACAUGAUACGCACACGUGAGGAUGUAUUCAUAUAAAUAUAUGUAGUACAUAUGAACUGUAUGAUAUAUUUAUAUACACUUACACAAAUUCAUGAAACAAAGCUACAGGUGUUAUGUAUUUCUAAGUACAAGGGACGAAUAGUAGAACAUUUCAUUGUCGUAGAUGUUGGUUCGGAACCUACCGUGUUUUUCUUAUAUGUUUUGUUUCGAAGUAAUGUAUUUAAUUCAGAAAUGCACUGUUUAUACCCGUGUAUUUUAUUAUAUUGUAUAUAUAAAAUAGAUCUUUUCUUAUUGUAAUGAAUUUGUUUUUUAUAUUCCCAUAUGCGCUGACAGUGGGACCGAAGAUAAUCCUGGACUUAUGAAUGAAUAAAACAAGAAUAUUUGUGA